AUGCACGGUCGUGCCCUAUUGCUUGCAUCCUAUAUCAAAGACAUCUUUCUCCGUGGGGAGCUCCUUGGCAAAGGGGAGGAAUUCAUCGAGGGCCUUUCCGUCCGCGGCGGUAAUACUUUCUGGCUCGAUCACCAACCCGCUUUCCACGCGUAUGACUAUGGGGCAAACAUCAAGAUUGAGAUCAAUGAGGAGAUAGCAAAUCUCGAGCAGGAGCAACAGGGUGAGGAAGAGGAGGAGGAUAGUAAUGAUGAUCAGUAUCCUCACCCUGACGCCAAGGAGGACAGCCUCUUCCUACCGGUAGAGGCUCAUAGUACUACUUCCCUAUCGCCACUAUCUCAUUCUUUCCGCCCCGAUCACCGUGAGAUAAUAGGUCGUCGACGAUUAGAAGAUAAGGUCGGUCAUAGCGAGGAGCACGAUCUGCCUACUACCGCCGGUGCUAGGCGUAUUAUUAUAACUACGUCGGCCCCGCUUAGUAGCGGCCAUUCCCAUCGCCUCGAGGAUAAAGAAGAGGGAGGGAGCGGGGAGGUAUUGGGUGAUAAUAAGCAGGAGGAGAGAUUCAUCAGGUGGAUAAAUGAGUCUAAAGGCGCCGUCAUAACCCAUUCGACAGGCGUCGCAAAGGCACAGCAACAACAGCAAGGAGAGGAAGAGGACGGGUUGACCCAUCAACAUCGUUCUAAUAGUGAUAAAGAGGACGAAGAGGAAGACCAUCGGGGGGCCCCAUCAUCAUCAUCAGGUGGACAGGGAGAACACGACGCUUUAUACAGCGAUGGCUUGAGGCGGCUUCGCGAGGCCCUCGAGGCAAAGUAUAACCUCGACAACAUCAGUCAUAUCUCCUAUGCUCUAGCUAUUAAUAUCCACUGCACCGCGGCAAGCACGCAUCCAGGUGGAGGAAGAGGUCCUACAGUGUGCCUGCUUGCUAAUCGUAACCGGGUAGCUAGUGCCGAUAUGCUUUCCUUCGGGUUCUUCCAGGGAUACUCCAACCUAAAGCGGUCGAUCCAUCACCGGCCCGACGACCUACUAGCGAGCCACGGUCUCGCGACGGCGGCACUCACCAUUCCCUCGACCGAAGCUCAACAUACAGCUCGUCUCAGAGAUAAACAGCAGCGCUUACUAGCUCAGGUGCGAGGACAGCUUACACCCGAAAACCCUAGUGCCUCGACGCCUUUCGCUCGGGAACGGCAGAGAGUCGAGGCGGCCCUGCAGGCCAACGAGUUUGCCUUCCGGUUCGAGCAGGUAAUUUCCAUCGAUGCUCCACGGCUCGUACGCCAGCGCCAGAACUUUAACACCGUACUGCAGCCCAUCUUCCAGCUCAUGCGGCUCUUCCUUAAGGAGAAGCAGCUCUACGCCGGUAUCCUACGACGCUUUCCCCCAGAGAUCUUUCCAGGUAUACUAGUGGCCUUUACUAAAGUCCUGGAAGCGGCCAUAGUAGAGAUAGAUCGCCGUUUCCGCGAGGGAGGAUCGAAAGGGUUGGGCAUAGCCCUCUCCGAGGGCAUCGCUGCCCUCGAUCGACUGGGCAACUUUUGCUUCACCGGCGAUCAAAGAGUGCUACCCACCAAAGUCAUAAGGCUCCUUAGGACGAUAGAUAGCCUAAAGACGUAUGGAUGGCCAUUCCUGUCUCCGCGGAUGCUGGACAUCCGGGAGGGACGGGGGCUUGUCAACCUAGUAGGGUGGCCGCAGCUGAACAACAGACGGCCGGUGUUGAUGCAUGUUGCCUCGCUUGAGUACCACUACGAUCGCUCUAUAGCUGCCAACCGACACAGCCAACUAUGGUUUGCCGAGCUGGGGGGCCGAUCGAUAGAUGGGAUAGAUAGAAUGACGACGUUCCUCCACGAGGUAUUCCGAGACUUGUGGGUACCGGAGAUAGUCGCCUUUAUCUGCCGACAAGUUCGCCGUGGUCUUAAUCGUAGCCUUCGCGGUGGCGGCGGUGGGCUGCGCAACGACGACGACAUAAACAACAAUAGUGCUCAGGCGAUGGUGGCCUUGGGAGCGUAG